CAACAUCUGGCUCCACCAGGCCAAAAGCAGGCGCUGAGCCCAGGCAGGCAGAUGCAUCCUGACCCAGCCGCACCCUGCGCCUCUCUGCUCGCCCAAGCACCAUGAGCGGCCGAGUCGGGGACCUGAGCCCCGCGCAGCAGGAGGCGCUGGCCAAGUUCCGGGAGAAUCUGCAGGACCUGCUGCCCGCCCUGCCCAACGCUGAUGACUACUUCCUCCUGCGCUGGCUUCGAGCCCGAAACUUCGACCUGCAGAAAUCCCAGGACAUGCUCCGGAAGCACGUGGAGUUCCGGAAGCAACACGACCUGGACAACAUCCUCACAUGGCAGCCCUUGGAGGUGGUCCAGCUCUACGACUCGGGCGGCCUGUGCGGCUACGACUACGAAGGCUGCCCCGUGUGGUUCGACAUCAUCGGCACCCUGGACCUCAAGGGCCUCCUCCUGUCGGCCUCCAAGCAGGAGCUGGUGCGCAAGCGCAUCAAAGCCUGUGAGCUCCUGCGGCAGGAGUGCGAGCGGCAGAGCCAGAAGCUGGGCAGAAAGAUCGAGAUGGUGCUGAUGGUGUUUGACAUGGAGGGGCUGAGCCUGAGGCACCUGUGGAAGCCAGGAGUGGAGGUGUACCAGCAGUUUUUCGCCAUCCUGGAUGCUAACUACCCUGAGACGCUGAAGAACUUAAUUGUGAUCCGAGCCCCCAGGCUGUUCCCAGUGGCCUUCAACUUGGUCAAGUCAUUCAUGAGUGAGGACACACGCAGGAAGAUGGUGAUCCUGGGAGACAACUGGAAGCAGGAUCUGCAAAAGUUCAUCAGCCCCGACCAGUUGCCUGCGGUGUUUGGGGGGACCAUGACCGACCCCGACGGCAACCCCAAGUGCCUGACCAAGAUCAACCCUGGGGGCGAGGUGCCCAAGAGCUACUACAAGCGCCAGCAGGUGAGGCUGCAGUACGAGCACACGGUGUCCGUGGGCCGCGGCUCCUCCCAGCAGGUGGAGAACGAGAUCCUCUUCCCAGGCUGUGUGCUGAGGUGGCAGUUUGCAUCGGACGGCGGGGACAUCGGCUUCGGGGUCUUCCUCAAGACCAAGAUGGGGGAGCGGCAGCGGGCAGGGGAGAUGACGGAGGUGCUGCCCAGCCAGCACUACAACGCCCACCUGGUGCCCGAGGACGGGAGCCUCACCUGUGCGGAGGCCGGCGUGUACGUCCUGCGCUUCGACAACACCUACAGCCUGGUCCACGCCAAGAAGGUGAGCUACACCGUGGAGGUGCUUCUCCCGGACGAGGCCUCCCAGGAGAAGCUGCAGAGUCUCAGAGCCUCCAGUCCCUCGGCGCAGUAGAGAAGCCCCUGGCGGCCCUGCGCCUCUUCCGCUCCGCCUCCCCGACCCCCGCCUUCCCAGUCAAGCCCCCUCCCUUGCCCCCAUGCAGGCCCACCUGGCCCAGGGGUCCAACAGUAAGAGAGAACUCACCGGGACCUGGUGGCCCAGCUUGGGGGUUUGUGCGCAUGCGCCUGUGAGAGCCCAGGUUCUGCAGGGGGGCACAGAGAGUAGGAGAAGUAGAAGAAGGGCCGGCUGGAGGCAGCUGGGCGGAGCCACGGGGCAGCGGGGACGGCCUGGUUCUCCCAGCGCAUCCAGACCCAUCUGCGCACCUGCUGCAACCCAGCCCACAAUCGGCUCCAAGUUGGGGGUGCGGGGAGGAGGCAGGACCAAAGCAAGUGCAGAGAGGGCCCUGCCGCCACCCCAGGGCGCUCCAGGCUCUGGCUCGCUUCCUGGAGAGCCCACAAGCUUUCCCUGCCUCUCUGAGUCUGACCGCGCGGGAGCAGGGUGAGUGAUGUCCCUGCAAAGGGCGUCCUCACUAUGAAGCAGUAGCUCCCAAGCCCCUCGCAGUGACCAGGCCUCAGGCAGUCACCGCCUGCCCCUCCACGUUGCCAGCAAGAAGCCGGGCCCCAGCACCUGCUGUCAGAUCCUGUGAUUUCGUUUUCUCCAGUUAAUAGGAGAUUUCUCCGUGACCCAGGAGAGAAUGCCAAGGCUUGUGACCGGGAGGGUCUCCUGGUGGGUCGGCUACGGUUCUCGGGGGCUCCCGGUCCCUGUAGCUGGAGCAGGUGCACCAGGGGCGCAUACCUUGAGUCUGAAUGGGGCCUCUGCUGCUGUUAACAAACAAGCCAAAUGUCUAAAGCCAGCACCAUGAGGCAUUCUGGUCUAAUGGGGUUGGACAAGACUAGCCAAAAAAAAAAAAAGAUGACUCUAAAGAGAUGGCCUGGGGUUGCUCCUACCCAUGGCCUCCUGGGUCUGUUCUCCCAUGCUCCUUGGCAGGCUGUGCCAGGGUGUGGCCCACCAGGGUUGGGGGAACCCUGUGCUGUUGUCACAACAGGGACCAAAGUGUCUCCCUUCAGCCUUCAUAACUCUUCCCCACCCCCGCCGCUGUGGAAAAACAAGACACUCCUGCACUUGAACUCUGACCCUGUCCUCCUAACCACCCCCAGCCACUCCUUCAGGUAGCAAAGAGUGCUCUGCCUCAAUCACAAAUCCACACUGUCGGGUGGGGACAGGUAACAAGGGCCCACCUGCAGGUGUCAGGGGCUUGGAAUCCCAGGGCAGUGAGCCCCGUGGUCCCUCAGGGAGGUGGCAGCAGAAUCUCCUACCUGGCCAGGUGCGCAGGUGCGCAGGUGCACACUGGGGGCUGAGCUCAGCACUGCCACUUUUUUUCUUUUUUUUACCAAAAAUAAAAUGAGAGAAGUCACUCAGGGAGGGGCACUUCUUCACCCAAAGCUGGUUUCUCUAUCAGUCUGUUCACUUGUGCAGAUUCACUGAACACCUGCCCAGCACUGUGGGGGCCCUGGGACCACCCUGGGGAAAAUGCCGGGGCCUGGGACCAGGAGGGUCCCCACUGCGCUAACAGGAAGUCUGCUCGGGUCACAGGGGGCGGAAGUGACUCCGGUGACCAGAAGCACGGGGGCUGUCACUGUGUGUGCCUAGUG